GCGCUGUGCUGGGGGACCCGGGAGCGGGGGGGAGCUGUAGCGGGAGCGGGCCCGGCGGGGCCCGGCCAGGCCGCCAUGUACGCGGGGCUGCAGGAGCUGGGGGUGGCCAACGGCGAGGACCUGAAGGAGACGCUGACCAACUGCACGGAGCCGCUGAAGGCCAUCGAGCAGUUCCAGACGGAAAAUGGAGUGCUCCUGCCCUCGCUGCAGUCCGCCCUGCCCUUCCUGGACCUGCACGGCACCCCCCGGUUGGAGUUCCACCAGUCGGUUUUUGACGAGCUGAGGGAGAAGCUGUUGGAGAGGGUCUCUGCCAUCGCUUUGGAAGGGAAGGUUGAGGAGAGAUACAAGAAGCUGGAAGAUCUUCUAGAGAAGAGCUUUUCCCUGGUCAAGAUGCCUUCCAUACAGCCUGUGGUAAUGUGUGUCAUGAAGCACUUGCCCAAGGUCCCUGAAAAGAAGCUGAAGUUAGUAAUGGCCGAUAAGGAUUUGUAUAAAGCAUGUGCAGUGGAGGUGAAGCGCCAGAUUUGGCAGGAUAACCAGGCUCUGUUUGGUGAUGAGGUAUCUCCGCUUCUGAAGCAAUAUAUCCUGGAGAAAGAAAAUAUUCUCUUCAGCAAUGAUAUUUCUGUCUUGCACAAUUUCUUCAGUCCGUCUCCCAAAACAAGACGUCAAGGAGAGGUGGUUCAGAAGCUGACCCAGAUGAUUGGGAAGAACGUGAAACUCUACGAUAUGGUGUUGCAGUUUCUGAGAACCUUGUUCCUUCGGACAAGGAAUGUUCAUUACUGCACGCUACGGGCAGAGCUCCUGAUGUCACUGCAUGACCUGGAAAUCAGUGAAAUCUGCACCGUUGACCCCUGUCAUAAGUUCACCUGGUGCCUUGAUGCUUGCAUUCGGGAGAAGUUUGUGGACAACAAGAGAGCUCGGGAAUUGCAAGGGUUUCUGGAUGGAGUGAAGAAAGGACAAGAACAAGUGUUGGGGGAUUUAUCAAUGAUCUUGUGCGAUCCCUUUGCCAUUAACACCUUAGCCUUGAGUACCAUAAGGCACCUGCAAGACCUGGUUGGGCAGGACACCUUACCCAGGGAAAGCCCAGAUCUGCUGCUGCUCCUUAGGAUGCUGUCUUUGGGACAGGGGGCCUGGGACAUGAUUGACAGUCAAGUCUUCAAGGAACCAAAAAUGGAAGCUGAGUUGAUCACAAAGUUCUUGCCUAUGCUGAUGUCCUUUGUGGUGGAUGACCACACCUUCAAUGUCGAUCAGAAACUGCCCUCAGAGGAGAAGGGGCCAAUUCCCUAUCCCAGCACCAUUCCUGAAGCUUUCACCAAAUUCUUGCAGGAGAACAGAAUAGCGUGUGAGAUUGGCCUGUAUUACAUCCUUCACAUCACUAAACAGAGGAACAAGAAUGCUUUCCUUAGGCUCCUGCCGGCACUAGUUGAGACAUUCAGUGACUUGGCCUUCAGUGAUAUUUUUCUGCAUCUCCUUACUGGUAACCUCACGUUGCUGGGUGAUGAAUUUUCACUUGAGGAGUUCUGUACCAGUCUCUUUGAUGGCUUCUUUCUCACUGCCUGCUCAAGAAAGGAGAACGUACAUAGACAUGUGCUAAGACUGCUGCUUCAUCUGCAUCACAAAGUGGCGCCUACCAAAUUAGAGUCUCUCCAGAAGGCUUUGGAACCCACCAAGCAGAGUGGGGAAGCUGUGAAGGAGCUUUAUAACCAACUCACUGAGAAACUGGAGCUCCGUAAGCCAAGUCCAGCCGAAGCAACUGAGACUCCCUCCAUGGAACUGCCCUUGCCCACUGUGCCCACACCAGCCUCGCGCUGAGCUAUGUCUGUAGUGCAAGAGUGAGACAGGAGAAGAAAUAACCUAGUGUUCUGCAGCAUGAAGGCACUGUACUGCCUUUCAAGUGUCUCUGCCUACAGGGUGGAAACAACAAAAAAAAGCCACUGAAGCUCUUUCAGGAAACACUGCAGUUGGCCCAACUCACUGGCUCUUGCUGGUUAGAAAACUCUGUAUGCAGUACAUUGCAAAGGUUUACUUUUCUUAAAGGUAGCUGAAUGUCAUCUUGUAGAUCCACUUAAAAUCUGACUGUACUUUUUUUUUUCCCCCAAAAAGAAAAUGCAUAUUUUUAAGCUUGGCAUCUUGUAUUUUUAAACUCUACUUUAAGAACUGA